GGCCGUUGUAGACUGUGGUUUGGCGUUUCUGGCGCUUUGUGAUUGAAAUAUUUAUUCACUCAAAUUUAUAAAAAAACCUUGAAUCUAUUGGUACAUGUAUCUGAAACUGGAUAUAUUGAAAAUAUUUAGGCCUGAAAAUACACGGAUGAAGCUUAAGAACUAUCAGUAUUAUUGCAUGAUAAACAUAAGAUUACAAAAGUUCUAUUUUAAAUAAGUUUUAAUUCUUCAGUAUGACAUCAAUUGACAAUUUAAAGUGUGUUUUUUGCAAUGAAGUAUUUACCGAUAAAGAAUUAUUACAGGAACAUUUCAGUUAUUAAUAAUUUUAGAAAACACGGCAAUCCUGUAUUUGAUAAAAGUUCUAAGAAUAAAAAUAAAAACCAAAAUGAAGUACCUACUUCAACUGAAAAAAUGGAGGAUAAUGAGUUGGUAGGUUGUGAUGUUUGCGAAGAAGUUUUUCCCACAAUAUCAAAGGCAAUAACACAUAAACACAAAGUGCACCCUGACCAUGAUGCUAAGUAUUUUUGUCCAUGGUGCGGCAAGCUUUUUACUAUGAAGCACUUGUUCAAUAAACACCUACAAUCAAAUCACGAUGGCUUAACAAAUAGCAAUGAAAAAAACUUUCACUGCGAUAGCUGUAGUGUAUACUUCAAUGUGCCCUCAGCGAUGCUACAUCACAAUAAAUUCUUUCAUAGACAGGACACAGAUCUGAAUUCUAUUGGCUCAUCUAAGAAGAUUAAAUUCUUUAACCAGGAGCUGGUAUCUAUUUUCUACUGUCCUUUUUGUGGAGAAGAGUACAAUAAUAAAGUGAAUUUACAUAAACACAUGGAAGAUGAACAUGGUGAUGAAAAUCAAGCCCCAGAAGAUGUGUUACGCUGUCCACUGUGUGAAGCAUUCUUCUAUCAUUUAGAUGCAUAUGAAUUACACCUGACAUUCCACUCUACAGAAGAUGUGUAUAGUGAACAAAAUGAAAUGGUCAGUGAAGUUACAGAAUUUUCAUUGGAAGCUGUUCCACCAAUAAUGGAAAAAGUGUUGUCAGAUCCAAAAAUUGAUCCUAUUAACAAUUUCCUCGAAAUGGCCAUGAGUGAGUCUGAAGGUAGAGGCCGAGUGAAAACAAAGAAACACAAAAAACACAAGAAAUCUAAAAAGGAAUCUAUAACAUUGGAUGAAUUUUUAAAUAUGAAUAAAGAUGUAUUUGGUGAUGGUUUAAAUGUACAAGGUAUUGAAGAAGUUCCUACACAAAUGGUUCUCAAGAAAAAGUAUAAUACAAAGAAAAAUAUGGCAAGUAAUAUGGAAGCGAAAAAUCUCAACUCAGACCUAGCUAAGUUGAAAAAACAAGGAAUUAUAAUAAAACCAAAAUCUAGUAAAAGUAGUAUAUCUCUAAAUGAUCAGAAAAAGCACACACCUAUUCCAACUAGUAACACAAAUGUUUCAGUACCAACAAAUCCUAAUGAUGUCAUAUCAAAAUUAUUAAGUAAAGGCAAUAGUGAAAUAAAAAUUAUCAAGAAAUCUAUUAAAACAGAACCAGAAAAUAAGCAGGAUAGUUAUCAAUCAAAUAAAGUAGAUUCUUCAUCUGAUUAUAGCCAGUCUUUAGAUAAUGCAUCUCAAUUAUGCACAAAAGAAAAUGAGAACCAUGAUAUGGAUAUUGCAGAAAAGCAACUAGAUUUGCAAAAUAAUAUGAAUAUUGAAAACAAAGAUAAUCUCACUGAAAACAGUAAUAAGGAUAAUGAAGGGACUGAAAACAUAUUUCAAGAAGAAACUCCACCAGACCAAAAUGAUACAAUUGAAUCAGAUAAAUGCGCAGAUGAAUUAAAAAAUGAUGAGGACAAAAUGUCAUCAGAUGCAGAAGAGACUGAAGAGAAAAUUGACCCCCCUUUAAAAGCUUUACAGAAUAUUGGUUCACAAUUAACCAUAAAAUCUCUUAGUGAAACAAAAAGUAAAACAACAAACGAUGAGCAACAAAUACAAACUGAAUUGGAAAAUUCCGAUAUAAACGAAAAAAACAUUCAAGAAAAUUGUACUGAAAAUGAUGAUGAAGCAACUGAACAAGUAACCGAGAGUAAUGCUUUGAACUCAUUGAAUUUAAAUAAUAGUAUAACUGUCAAAGCAGUUGCUAAGAGCUCACAGCCUAGCCCACUAAUAAAUGACGAAAAACUUAAGCAGCAAGAACAAAAUGUGACUAAUAGUAAAUCAUUAGAAGCAUUAAAAGGCUUGAGUAAAUUUAUAACAGUGAAGCCGACAAAUUCAUCGCCACAAUUAACUAAAAACCUUGCGUCAAAUGAAGAUAAUGAUGAAAAAGACUACAUGAGCGCAGAUGAAAAUAUGAAUGAGGAUACAGAUUGUGGUCCUUCAAAACAACUUACUAUACCUGUUAAACAACAACCGAGUAAUCCGAAAGUUAUACCAGCGAAAAUUCCAUCUAAAGCAGAUGCAACAGAAACAAAAAAUAAUACACAACUAUCUGUCAAUUCUCUUAAAAAUGAAGAUAUUUUAAAACGAUUGACAAAUGUUACUGCUAAAUCUAUUUCGACACCUAAAAAACCCUUACCUCAAAAAACGGUAAAAGCGUUUCCUAAAAGUGUAAAUGAAGAUGCAGUUAAUAAUAAAAAAGACAAUAUUAUAGAGAUUUUAAAUAUAGAUGAUUCAGAUAGCGAAGCUGAUACUGAGCAUGUUGUAAAAGCCAAACAAAAUGAUACAAUUAAGCCAGUAAAAACUCCCAAUAAAAUCAUCGCUAAACCAACAUCUACUAAUGUUCCACGCGGAUUAAACAAAAAUAUUACAAUUAAAUCAAUGAGCCAACAAAGUUCAAACUAUACAGAAUAUAGAUCUAACGCCGCUGGCCAAGAAUGCAAAAAGACUGUUGUAAAUCGAAGUUUUGAAUCAAAAAAUGUCAAUAUUACACAUGGCAAUAACAAAUUUUUAGAAGAACAAAAAAAUCUCCAGGAGACAAUUAAAAAUUUAAGACGUCAUAUUACUGUUAAAUCAAAAAAUUCUGAUUUUCAACAUGACGAGAUGGACAAUGCCGAUAGUACUGGACAUGCAAUGAACGCAGAUGAAGAUCACGAUUCUGACUCUAGUGAAGGUAGACUUAAGAUCACAGAACUGAAUGAAGAAGAUUUUAGCGACAAUGAACAUCACGCGGAAGAUGAAUCUAAGGCUAGAGUGGAAUCGCCUCAUAGUUAUAACAGCGACGAGGAAAUCCAAAAUGAGGAUCAUAUAGACGACGAUUUUGCCGAUAUUGAGAGUCAAAUUAAAGUAAAUCCUAUCAAUAAAAGGAAACAACAUCUUAAAACGCCUAUUCAGCCUAAAAAAUCUAAUAUAAGCCACUUGAGCGAACUAACAAUAAAACCUUUACGACAGGGAAACACAUUUUCAGAAGAUGAAGUUAAAACAAGUGAUAAAGGAUCUGACACAACAAGAAAUGUAGCAAAUGCAUCAGGGAAACCUUCAACUUCAAAAUCAGUAAAUCAAGAGAAACAAAUAAGUAAAAAUGUUCAAUCCAAUCAAAAAGCAUCUUCCAAUCAAAUUAGCACUGUAAAAACUGUUAAAACAUAUCAAUCACAAACUGUAAUAGAAGAAAUAACAACUACAGUUACAAAAACGAUUCGAACUGUUAAUACACAGGAAGUUCAGAAUACUAGUCAAAAUAUUUCAAGGCCAACUGUCAGACCUCAAAAAAUAAUGAAUAUGGCCGCGAAUAACAUAAGAGCCACUCCAAUAAGACAACCAUCACCAGUACCGAUCGGUACUAAAGUACGAAAUUCUGUUCCUACUUCGCAAAUUGUAUCUCCUAACACAAACACAAUCCGACCAUCUAAUAUGAUAGUCCCUGUACGUCCUAGACUGAAUGCGCCACGACUGCAGAACCCAUCUAACAUCCGAAAAGUAGUCCCGGCAGCUCAAAACCAACCACGUCCUUAUACUCCAAACAGACCUCUAAAGAUUUCACCGCAAGUUACGAAUAACGCAAAGAGACAAUCCGAGGAAGCCUCUGGUCAUUUUAGUUGUUUCAAAAAACCAAAAGAAUCUCUAAUACCUGUACAAGACAUACCGGACAUGACCGGCGAAGAUGGAACGGUGCAGUAUUCAAGUUCACAAAGCAAAUCUAGUUUUUCAAAUGUAACAAAAGUUUUAAGUAACGCUGGUUCAACUUCUCAAACGAGAUCGGAAACCAGCUCGUCGUCUCAACAGCACAUUGCUAAAUUGAGCGGUGUGUCGGGGCUGAAGAUAGUCAAAACGAGUUCACAGCAAUCAAAACAAGUGGAAGAGAAAUGUGAAGUCAAUUCGCCUAAAAACGAUACAAUAGCAGCUUUGGAGAAACUUCAGCGACAAGGCUUACUUAUUAAAAAGCCUAGACUAGAUACAACUGAAUAUGAAAAAAAAUCAUUGAGUGGGAGCGAUGGAGAAGCGUAUGAAGAAUAAAUUUCGUAUUCUGCCACUAAAAUUCAAGACUGGUCUUUUUGUUUGUUUUUCAGCUAUUUGGUUGUAAAUAAAUGUAUAUAAAAA